AUGUGGCGCAGGCUCUAUCUCGUGCUCGUGCUUGCGAGGCUGUACUUUGCGCUAUCGCCGAGCUACAUUCAUCCGGACGAACACUUUCAAGGACCCGAGAUCAUCGCUGGCGAGGUAUUUGGCUAUCCCAUCUACAAGACAUGGGAGUUCACCUCCUCCCAGCCCAUUCGAAGUAUAUUCCCCUUUUGGCUCAUCUACGGCUGGCCUUUGACGGUCCUAAAAUGGCUUUGGGAAGGUCUUGGAAAUGGCCCAGUACCGCCAUCGAUCGCCUUCUACUGUCUUCGUGUCUUGAUGUUCCUGCUCAGCUUCAUACUCGGCGACUGGGCAAUACAUGAGCUGAUUCAAAACGUGCACAAUCGGCGUGUGGCCAUCAUCAUGAUUUCCUCGUCGUACGUGACUUGGACAUAUCAAACUCACACCUUUUCGAACAGCAUUGAAACGCUGGUUGUGCUCUGGUCUUUGGUGCUGGUCAGCAAGCUCAAGGAAAACGUGCAACAAACUCUCCCAGCACCCUGCUGUGUGCUUGCUUUUCUGGGUGUACUGGGAAUAUUCAAUCGCAUUACGUUCCCUGCUUUCUUGGUGGUGCCUUUGACGCAGAUGCUCCCUGGUUUGUACCGGCAGCCGCUGCGAAUCCCGAUUAUGGUGGCGGCGGGACUCUUCACCCUCACGAUUGCCAUCACCAUGGAUACAGAAUACUACACAGGAGUCAGACCGCACUUGAGGAGUCUGUACUCUACUUCUGUAAUUACCCCCUGGAAUAAUCUGAGCUAUAACGCGGACACAACCAAUCUGGCCCAACAUGGACUUCAUCCAUUCUGGCAGCACUAUGUCGCGAAUCUGCCGCAAUUGAUUGGCCCGGCAUUUCCCUUCAUCUUCCUAUCCAGCAGGAAGAAUAGCCUCUUCUGGUCCGCGGUAACAGGCAUAUCACUGCUCUCCUUCUUCCCUCAUCAGGAAGCACGAUUCUUGCUGCCGGCAGUGCCUCUCCUAUUGUCCACCGUUGACGUGCCCAAGCGAGCCAGUCGUUUUUGGAUUGGGAUCUGGUUUCUAUUCAAUAUACUGGCUGCGACUCUCUUUGGCAUCUUCCAUCAGGGUGGAGCUGUUCCGGUGCAAGGGUGGAUCUCGAAGCAAGACGGCAUCAGCCAGGCCUUCUGGUGGAAGACCUACAGUCCACCAAGGUGGCUACUUGAUGGCAAAAACAACGAUAUGGAAACAACGGAUCUGAUGGGUAUGCCUGGGCAUGCUAUGAUUGGCCUGCUUAAGCAUUCAGCAAGCUGUGUUGGCAGUGAUAGCGACAAGACUCUGCUUAUUGCUCCCAGCAGCGCCGCCUUUUUGGAUGGCUACGCUGGGACGCAUGCGACGCAGGCAGAAGAUCUCACAUUCACUCGAUUGUGGCAGUACAGGAGGCAUAUAGGUCUUGAUGACCUGGACUUUGGUGACGAUGGGGUAUGGUCCACCUUGCAGAGAGUAAUAGGGCGGAGAGGACUGGUGGUCUGGCAGGUCGAGAAUAAAUGCUAA